CAGUGCUUCUAGAUUAUGGUAGCCCCACUCCCAUGGCUAGUGAUAUUCAAUGUUGGGCUAGUAAAUAACUACUAUUGCCAUGCCCGACAGCUAGUGAUAUUUUCCCUACUUUAUAUUAUAUCCAUGGGUAGGGUUUCUAGAUUAUGGUAGCCCCACUCCCAUGGCUAGUGAUAUUCAAUGUUGGGCUGGUAAAUAACUCAGGGUUCGUACGCGUUUUGGAAAUUCGUCACAGUGUUUUCCAGGACCUUAAAAGUUUUGGAAAAUCAGGUUUUGUUACCUUGGCUGUGGAAAAGUUAUGAAAAAUUAUGUCCUUGCCGUAAAUAAAAUGUAUGAAAAAAAUGGUUUGUUUCACCAAUAUUUAGCCCCGACCCAACGUCCCGUUUUAGCUAAUAUAAUGAGGUGCUUUUAUAGCCUAGCCAACGAAAAUGGUUCCGUUUUGGUAGUGGUUCCGUUUUAGCCUGAUCCCGAAAGAUUAACUCAGGCUAUCUGCGCUUGCACUUGCGCAGACCGUCACGAGUGAGGUGCCGUUAUAGCCUAGCCAACGAAAAUGGUUCCGUUUUGGUAGUGGUUCCAUUUUAGCCUGAUCCCGAAAGAUUAAUUCAGGCUAUCUGUGCUUGCGCUUGCACAUAUCAUCACGAGUUUGCUGCGAGUUUGAUGUAUCUGUGAUUUGAAUGACCAUUGCACCUAUUGACUCCAUUUAAAAUGCCUGGAAAGUGUGUGUUCAGUAACCUGUGGUUAACAAAGGAACUGUACAACGAUUGGCUCGCGAAAGCAGGUCAAGAUGGAGCAGAUCCUGAUCGACACAGAGCGCGAUGUACGUUGUGUUUAAAAACAUUUGAUAUCGGAAAUAUGGGUGAGGCCGCAGUCGUCAGUCACCUGAAUGUUCACUUCUUCAAUCCAGAAACAGCCAAACCAGGAUCCAGCAAAUCCAAUGACGAGAGCGAGAUGCCAGCAGCUUCAGAGACAGAACAGCGACAGGGUAUCCUUACGAAUGUGGUACACCGAGAUGAUCACUGGAAAGCAGAACUUGGCAUUGAAAACAGUUGUUGGCAACUACUCGUACAAAAGCUGUGAAAAGAUUGAUGAUUUAUUUCAGAAAAUGUUCCCUGAUAGCAAAAUAGCCAAGAUAUUUACAUGUGGAGAGAAAAAGUGUGCAUAUGUUAUUUGUUUUGGCCUGGCACCAUAUUUCAGAGAUGAACUUCUGGACAAGUUCUGUGAUUUGGAUUAUGUCUUGCUUUUUGAUGAAUCACUGAAUCAUAAAACUCAGAACAAGCAGCUUGAUAUCUAUGUGAGAUUUUGUGAUAAAGAUACCAGGAAAGUGACCACGAGAUAUUUCGAUUCUGCAUUCAUUGGCCAUGCUACAGCAAAUUAUAUGAUAGUUCAUUUCACGGAAUUGACAAAAAAGCUUAAACUUGGAAACAUGAUUCAGCUUAGUAUGGAUGGCCCCAACAUAAACUGGUCAUUUUAUGAUAAACUCUCUGCUGAACUGAAAAGUGUUAAUACUGCUCCAUCACUCAUUAAUAUUGGCAGCUGUGGUUUGCACGUUAUUCAUGGGGGUUUUAAAAGUGCUUGUGAUUCUGUUGACUGGGAUAUUGCUGGACUUUUGAGAGCAAUGCAUACACUGUUUAAAGAUACACCGGCCAGCAGGGAGGAUUACGAAGAAAUCAAUGGUUGUAAACUCUAUCCCCUGAAACACUGUGCAACACGGUGGGUAGAGGAUGUUCCAGUAGCUAACAGGGCAAUGGAGGUGUUGCCACUGAUGAAAAAGUAUGUAGAAACUGUCCAGCAACAUCCUAAUAAAUAUACUGUUCUCAAAACGCAGUCAUUUAAAAGAGUGAAAGAUGCUAGUGAGAAUCCUUUGACAUUAGUAAAGCUCCAGUUCUUUGUGUCUUUAGCCGAGGAAUCUUUGCCAUUUCUGGUAAAAUUCCAGACUGAUAAUCCAGUGCUGCCAUUUCUCAGCAAAGAAUUGGAGAAACUCAUGAGAAAUUUGAUGAUGAGGUGUGUAAAAAGUGGCAUUCUUAAUAAAGCUGAUAUUCCAUCUCUUCUUCUGAAAGUUGACAUCACUAAAAGUGAGGUGUUGAAAAGUUACAAACAUGUCAAUGUUGGAUUCUCAGCCACUCACAAACUGAAAGAACUGAUAGCAACUAAAACAAUAUCUGAGAGGCAGGAACUGAAGUUUCAAAUGGAAUGUAGGGACAUGCUUGUGAAAGAGAUUGGGAAACUUCUGGAAAAGAGUCCCUUGAAAUAUUCACUGACACGCAAUGUGAUGUACCUUGCACCCGGACACAUGGUUGCUGAUCCAGAAGAUUGCAGGGCUCGUUUUAGUUGUGUGUUGUCAACUUUGGUGCACUGCAAACGUAUCAAGGAGCAUACUUGUGAUGGACUGCUCAAGGAGUACGACACAUUCUUUCAGGAAGUGGUGAGGCCCAAUAAACAUAAAUUCAAGGACUUCGAUAUGAAAAGCUGUCGUCUUGACAACUUUCUUGGAGAGUACAUGGAUAAGAACAAUGCCUAUACAGCUCUUUGGGCAGUCAUUAGGAUGUUACUCGUAUUAUUACAUGGACAGGCAUCAGUAGAACGAGGGUUUUCCAUCAAUAAAGUCCUGAUGGUGGACAAUAUGAGUGAAAUCAGUAUUUCUGCCCAGAGUUGUGUAUGAUUACAUUCAAGCAUGUGGAGGGAUAUUAAAUGUGCACAUAACCAAGGAGAUCAUAUUAGCUGCCCAGAGUGGCAGGAUGAGAUACACACAAUUCCUUGAGCAAAAGAAAACCGAAAAAACUGAAAGUGAGGUUUCUAGAAAAAGGAAAUUGCUACUCUAGCAGAUUAUUGAAUUAGAGACAAAGCGAGCACGGUUAGAAAAAGAUAUCGAAUCACUGUCUUCAUCUGCUGAUGAACUGGCAGAAUCUGCUGAGAAAAAAGGAAAUCUCACUGAUUUGACUAAAUCUAAUAGUUUCAGGAAGACUGUGAAAGCAAAAAAACUUGAAAUUUACCGUAGGUCGUAAAUUGUGAAAUAAUAAAACUGAGAGAGAAGUCCAACUGAUAAUUCAGACCACAAACCCAUAAGGAGUAGGAUUUUGGGCAUUUUAAAGGUAUGGGUUAUUAACUGAAUAAGAAGAAAGAAACACGACAACUUUUUGUGAAGCAAUACUUCUGUAUUCAUAUUUCUGGCAAUCUGCCUUACAUAUCAUCAUAGUCAUGUCCACUCCAAGAAUAAAACUGAAUUUAAAACGCCAAAAUAAAUUACAUUAAAUUUUUUAUUACUAGUAAGCCUACAUGUAUACCACGCAGAUUAGUCAAGGCAAAAGUUCUAACUCUGACAAACAUGUCUAAAAACUGCAAAAAACACUUUGUUGUGAUUGAGUUUGCUUGAAAAUGGUUUUGGAAAUUUGGAUUUGUGGGCUAUGCAAAGUUUUGGAAAAGUUAUGGAAAUUUUGACAGCUCAAAGUGUACGAACCCCAAUAACUACUGUUGCCAUGCCUGACGGCUAGUGGAUUUUUUGGGUCAAAUGUUGCAGUUAAGUCCAUUUUAUAAAUAUGAAUAUCCUGCCCCUACCCCAUCCCCCCAAUCUUAGUG